AUGUCUGUAAUUGGAUCAACAUUUUUGGAUGAUUCCUUUGGUGUCUGGCUUCUAGAUCAUCAAGAGUACAUGAGUUUUAUACAAAUGGACUGGCCCGAUGACAUGUCUGAUGAUAAACCAAGAAAAAACGCUAUUGUUAAAUUUUUAGCAGCGUAUAGACAAUUUAUGAAGAUAACGUAUCAAGACACGCAACCACAGAUCCCAGAAUUCCCUCAAAUUGAGUUAUAUUUGACAAAAGAACAAGUUACUCUCUCUCGUAUUCAUUUCUUUUUGCAAUGGAAGAUAUACCGUGCUAAAUGCAAAAGCAGGGCAAAGACACUCGAAUUCGCUAAUAUAUUUGUCGACGAACUGAAAAAAGCUUACAAUUCAACUUCAUCACAGAUUAUUAACGUAAAUACCCAAGAAUUCUUUAAUAAAAUGAUGACAGAUUCCGCAAAGGCUCAGAUUUACUCAAUAAAAGACUACUCUAUCGUCAACUCAAUUAAUUUAUCUAUCGUUUUCGAAACAAAUCUCGAGAAACAACGUCAGUGCUUCAUUGAUUUGAUUGCACAGGCCAAAAAGGAGUUUGGCUCUACCAUUUAUAUGAAUCACGAAAUACCAAUGCAAGAGAAAUUUAAUUCUUUUAUUUUUAAUCCGGCUUUCGUUGAAGCCAGGCUAGUAUUGAAUCUGUUUAGCAAGUCUAACUUCAAAUCACCUCAAUUAUUUACAAUGCAAGUUGUAAAUUCGAUGAAUGAUAUUAUUACUCGAUUUGAGCCUACAGAACCCAAUGAAGUUGCGAUAUUCUCUAUCCUAUUCUUCAGGGCGAUCUUUAAUUUCGCGAUGUCUUUCUUCCCUGACUUCUUUUUCCCUAAAAUCGAAUUAAAAGUUCACAAAUACAAAAAGCAUCUUACAGUUGAAGAGCUUCUUGCAUGCCAAGACGUUGUUCAGCGUGAUCGCCCUAUUGACGAAGUAAUUAACACAGAUCCGGAAUUAUCUCAAGCCGUUAAGGCCAUUUUCGAUAUAAUUUUCAUGAAUUCGCCAUUGGAUAUACUUUCCUGUGUCCACCAGACCUUGUCUUACAUCAGAAAUUACGCAGAAAGAGUUUCAAAAGAAUUCGGCUUCGAUGCUCAGUCAUUUGACGCUGUUUUCGGUGUCUUUCUUUUAGUUAUUGUCCAUUCCGAAAUUCCCAACUACGAAGAAAUUUUUUGGUUUGUUUCGAAUUUUGCGCCGAUUGACGGACUUGCAUCGCCUUUGGAAUACGCCAAGGCAACUGUCACGGCCAUGGAGAUGCAGAUAUCGAAGCUAAUUAACAAUGUCAUUUCGAGAUUGCAAUGA